AUGAAUCGCAUAUUUGGGAAGAAGAAACCCGAGGCGCCACCUAUUAACGUUUCUGAUGUUGGUGGAAAAGUUAGUGCUCGAGUGACUGAUUUGGAUAUAAAGAUUGAGAAAUUGGAUGAGGAACUUCGCAAGUAUCGCGAGCAAAUGAAAAAGGCACGAGGUCCUGCCGUCAAUACGAUCAAACAACGAGCGAUACAGACGCUUAAACACAAGAAAAUGUUUGAAGCACAGCGAGGCAAACUGCAGGCUCAGUCAUUUAAUAUUGAGCAGGCGGCAUUUGCAGUUGAUACAGCUAGGGACACAAUCUCUACUGUUGCUGCCAUGAAGAGCGCAGCUGUCCAACUGAGUACGGAGACCCAGAAAAUUAAUAUCUCCGAGCUGGAGGAUGUACAAGAUGACAUGGCAGACCUGAUGGAAGAUAUGAACGAAAUCCAAGAGCUCAUGGGUCGCUCCUACGGAAUUGGAGAUGAGGUCGACGAAGAAGAAUUGGAAGCAGAGCUGGAGGAUCUGGAGGAAGAGUGGGGCAAGGAGGCGGCACUCGGUCAAGAAGCGGAACAGGCGCCGUCCUACCUGGCACCAGCACCGCACCACAGACUACCUGCCGUGCCCUCUGGCACUUUAGACUCGGAAACGACGACGCGCACUACCGAUGAGUUCGGCCUGCCUGUGGCAUCAUAUUCGACGUAG